CGGUACGAAUAAACUGGCGGCUCUCCUUAUCUUGUUCCUCACUCGCCAAACGAGCAAACUUGCGAAACGCAAACCAGAGGAAACGGCCAUGUUUCCUUCUCCCAGACCCUUAUAAUCUUUCUCUCUCUCUCUGUGAAGAUGUUAUCAAUGGCGAUACAACCGAGUGUUAAUUGUUCUUUCAGACCGUCGUCCUCAUCAACAGUUCUCAUUCCAAAACCGGUACUGAAACCCUUCGGAGACUCGAUCAGUGUGAAGCCUUAUGCCUCUUCUUUUCAGUCCUUGAAGCUUUCUGAGUUGAAAUUCAGACGCAGCGCUAGAAACAUCAAUCUCUCCGCUUCUUCGGUUGCCGCCGCCGAAGCAAUUACUGAAGAAACAUCCCCCGGUGGUUCAGCCUCUUCACCUGAAACAGAGAAACUUCGAGUGGUAGUGAAGCCAAUGGAAAAACCGAGGCUCGUGUUGAAGUUCAUUUGGAUGGAGAAGAACUUAGGUCUUGCACUGGACCAAACGAUUCCUGGACACGGCACAAUUCCUCUGAGUCCAUAUUACUUUUGGCCGAGGAAAGAUGCUUGGGAAGAGCUUAAAGUGAUGCUUGAAAGUAAGCCCUGGAUAUCCCAGAAGCAGAUGAUUAUUCUUCUCAAUCAGGCCACUGAUAUCAUCAAUUUGUGGCAACAGAGUGGCGGCGAUUUAGCGUAAGCUUUUAUGCAUCUAGGGGAAUUUUUGAUUUCAGUCUUGCAUGUUAUGGAUUGAAAAUUAUUGUUAUUGUAACUUCUAGUAAUACAGAGUUCUUGAAACUGCUUGACUUGUUCCGACUGCUAUAUGAUGGAAUGCCAUAUCUUUUCCCCCCUCAAACUAUGUGUUGAUUGGAAUUCUACUUCUGUUUUUGUUGGCUAUAGUUCAUUUAUUUGG